AUGGUAUAUGAUCGAGACGAGUUUGUACGUCAUUUGACGGACUACUACAACUUCUGUAACCGCGUCUUCUGGAACUCAACGGUCGUACAGGCUCCAGCUGGCGGCUGGUCUUCCAUCACCCAGGAAACCUUGGCCAACCUCAAGAGGAACGACACGGUUAUCGAUUUACUCCGCCACAUGCCCUAUCCCGAGCAUCCUGAAGAGGGUCUCAUCUAUAGACCUCUCAUGAUGGUGAACACGCCUGUUAUCGACUACCGCCGCGGGGAUGUGCAGCAUAAGAUCCGCGGGGACCAAAUUGAGGGAUUCGUUACGCCAAUUACCGGGCAAGACCCCCCAAUUCCGCCAUCGUGCGUCGGCAUCGCCAUCUGCACAAAUAGGAACGGUUACGAGAUUAUCUUGGAUACCGAAGACGGCUACGUUUACUGGGGCGAACCGACCGGAACCCACGACGAGCCGAAGCAGGGGCUAAACAGCACCCUGGAACGGUUCAAGGGCGACGAGGCGAACAAGUGGCGGUCUGUGUUCAAUGUGUACGAACCCGCAGACUUUUUCGCGACUUGCAAGGAGCGGUUUUGCGAUCUCAACUGGAUUGGUCUUGGCCAGUGGGACAUGUCCGUAAUGAGGAUGAACAUGAACUGGGAGUAUGAUUCUGAAACCGACUCCGAGUCGGAUCCCGAAGACGAUUUCAGCCACAACAAGCUGGCCAAGAAGAUGAAGAAGGCUGGCUGGCCUGGCGAUGGCGAGGGGCGGGGCUGGGACCGGGCGAAGUUUGACAGAUUGGUCAGCCAGGGUAACGAAGAGGAAGAUUAA